GGGGCGUGUCCGAAGAGACUUGGAACUCCGCGGCGGGGGUGGUGCGGGUCUCCGCGGCCACAGCCAGAGCGCUGGCAGCUGCGGGGCUGCAGGGCUGCGAGGCUGCGGGACGCAGCGGGAAGCGGGGCCCCUGACCGAGGAGUCGAGUCCCUGGUGAAGAUGGUAGACUACCUGGCCAACACGGAGAUCAACAGCCAGCGCAUUGCGGCGGUUGAGAGCUGCUUUGGGGCGUCCGGACAGCCGCUGGCCCUGCCAGGUCGGGUGCUGCUGGGCGAGGGCGUGCUGACCAAGGAGUGCCGCAAGAAGGCCAAGCCACGCAUCUUCUUCCUCUUCAACGACAUCCUGGUGUACGGCAGCAUCGUGCUCAACAAGCGCAAGUACCGUAGCCAGCACAUCAUUCCCCUGGAAGAGGUGACACUAGAGCCGCUACCAGAGACACUGCAAGCCAAGAACCGCUGGAUGAUCAAGACGGCCAAAAAGUCCUUCGUGGUGUCUGCUGCGUCCACCACCGAGCGCCAGGAGUGGAUCAGCCACAUCGAGGAGUGUGUGCGGAGGCAGCUGCUGGCCACAGGCCGCCCACCCAGCACGGAGCACGCGGCGCCCUGGAUCCCUGACAAGGCCACGGACAUCUGCAUGCGCUGCACCCAGACGCGCUUCUCCGCCAUCACCCGGCGCCACCACUGCCGCAAGUGCGGCUUUGUGGUCUGCGCAGAGUGUUCCCGGGAGCGUUUCCUCCUGCCGCGCCUCUCGCCCAAGCCCUUGCGUGUCUGCAGCCUCUGCUACCGCGAGCUGGCAGCCCAGAAGCAGGAGGAGGAGGAGCAGGGCACGGGGUCCCCGAGGCAGCUGGCCCACCUGGUCGGGGCGUCCAGUGGCGACGAUGACGACUCAGAUGAAGACAAGGAGGGUGGCGGGGAUGGCGACUGGCCAGGCCAGGUGAAGUUCUAUGCCUCCAACAUCUGGUCAUCCUUCCACAGCUGACCCGGGUCUGCAGCCCCAAGGGAGGCUGGGAACUCUGGUCACUGCUGCAUCCGGUGUAGAAUGAGAUGACAGGGGCACCAUUAGGGCUGGUGUGGGAGCCUCACUUCUCCAACACUCCAGAAGGGGAUGACUGCAGGGAGGUGCCUUCCUGUAAAUAAAUAAAUAGAUAAAUAAAUAAAUAGAUAAAUAAAUAAAUAAAUAAAAA